AUGUCUAUUAUACAAGACUCUAAUUCACCUUAUGCUACGGCAUUCAAUUUACAGGCAGCAGGAGAAGCCGCGUACAUGACCGCCGAGGACACUGUACUGGGUAAGGUCCUGGCUGUAGUUUAUCGCGCCGACGUUUCUUCAAAAGCGCUUUCAGUGGUGCUAAUUGGAAACCAUGGAACUUCUGGAUACGUCGACAUCACACUAGGUUCCACUUCUCGUUACUACGGAGCUUGUGCCUCCUUGGCUUUUGCUCACCAGAAGUCUCAGGUCAGGAAAGCCCUUGCUAUUGCUGUUUUGAGGACUUAUUCUACCAUGGAUAGGCCUCUGAGAAGAGCACUAUUUCGCAGGGCUGCCAGUGAGCUCAAAAUUAAAGGAGAGCUGCCGCUCAAGUACUACGAUCAAACGGCGGCUGGGGCACUGGGAUCAAAAUUUCGAUUGGUAUACGGCAAGUUUCCAUUGGAAAUUGGCCGCCGUGUCAUUGAAUCGGGUAUGAUUUUGCCAAAAUUCAUUAGAUCUAGCGUCCUGGACAUUGUUUAUGAAGAUACCGAUCUUACAAUCGACCAGAAUAAUGAUCUCGUGUAUAUGCUCGGAGACCAACUCGAACAGCUUUUCGACCCUCUCUCUGAAUACUCUCCUGAACCCACGGAAAGGAUUUAUGUCCCACCAGCAGACUCUAUCGCUACAUUGGAAGACGAUCCCAAAGAAGUUCAGGACAUAUGUGAAGAGUUGUACAUGCUACAGUCGUCGGUACGGGCUAGCCUUAUAGAUUUCUUGCAAAACUUUUUGAUUCCUUUGCGUGUUCGUGUUUUGAAUCACGAAAUACCCGGUAUGACUAUUGGAAAACUUAAUACGGUAUUCCCACCAACUAUUGAUGAGAUGUUCCGAAUUAACAACAUUUUCUACGAAGCUUUGCAGCAAGCACUGCCAUUCGGAAGUUUCGAGGUUCUUAAGGCCUGCGGUACCACUAUCCCCUACUUCUACCGCGUUUGCAUUCGACAUGAAGCUGCAACCAAAAAUUUUGCGCGAAGCUUGGCAACCACAGAUUCAGAGCUGAAACAUGAGAUUGACAAGUACUCGCCUCAGAAGAUUGAAGCUGUAAUGCAAAACAGUCUUCAUCUUGUCAGACUGAAACUCGUUCUUGAUCGUUUUAUGGAGACCAAGAAAUGGUCACCUUCUGAAAAGGCUUUGGCCGAUGAAUUUUACCACGUUUCAACAGGCACUAUUGACCAGUUCGGAAAAGAAACACAGACAGGAGCUCCUGGUAAGCGAGUGUUCACACCUAGUGGUAAAAUGCUUGUGGAAAUUGCUUCCGGAUGGCCAGCGGAGCUGGAGUAUGGCUGGAUUAAUAGAAGGGUCGUCACUAUUUUUGAUGCUGUCGAUAUCAUUGAGCCAAGCUCUGCGCGACGCCAACUUCAUAACAUUGUCAUUAUGUUUACAGAUGCCUUGGUGAUCUUGGAACCCGCGGAGCCAAUUCCAAUGACGUCUUUAAGUGGCCUACACCUUCCGUCUAUUGGUGAUGUCCUUAUGCACGCUAUGUUGAAUGAGGCACCACUAGAUGGUAAUCUACCACCCUUGAAGGUCAUUGGGUGGGCACCUAUUCUGGACGUUUCUUUCCUUAGUUUUGGACCAAAAUCACUAGUAAUCUCGACACAGCCUGAGCCUUUUGCCUGCAAGUUUGAUGAAGAUGGUGCAAAACAUUACACCAAGAUAUAUCGUCUCAUUCGCCCUGAUCACACGGCCGACAAGUUUGUUGAGCUCUUAGCAAAGGCCAAGGUUACAACAAAGACGCAACCUUUCCAUCUGUUCAAGAUCUCGAGCUUGCCGACUCAGGGCGAAGUGGGUAAAAAUGUUCCCACCGAUUUAUCUAUUUAUUCCACAGUCCAUGAACUUCAAGGCUACCAUGCUGAAGUUAAUCGGUCACCAAUUGCUGUUUUUCUCAAUACGCAGUUUGGUACGUCGGACCUAGCAACGAACGACCUUUGUGGUGCUGUUUGUAUAAAUUUCAAGUCUGAUAUGGCUCAAAUCGAAAUAAAAGUUGUGUCAUUAAUGGGAUACACGUCGUUCAAGGAGGUGAGUAAAGAGCAGUUCAAGGAGUAUGUUGUUAGCGAGAUCACCUAUCUUGCAACGCUAGUUUUGUCUUCGCAGAACCCAGCUGCAAUCCAGGGUAUCAUUUCUACUAACAGAGAUGUCACCGCUAAUAUGAUUAGAUGGGCCAGCCAACCGCCAGACAAAGUGCAAUGGCAUCACCGUCGCAGCAUGUUCGGUAGUCGUCCUAAUCUCAACAAUGUUCUUCAACCUGUUUCCAAUGGUACCAAUGCGCUCCCAACACUAAAGGAGAAUACGCGCAAUACCUGGACGGCCGUUGAUUCGCCCAAGGUUGAUCAAACUCGGAGCAACAAACCUCGUGCAUCGUUCAUGCCCGCCAAAAGCUCUGUUCCUGCGAAUAUUCCUAGAACGCCCACAGCUCCGGAUAUUUCGGCAACCACCAGCGUUUCCUCGACAAACGUACAGAAUACCAAGAAACUGACUUCAGUCAUAUCAGGCAAGGCCCAACCUAUAAUUAUUCCAGAGCUGCCGUUACCGAAAACGGUGCAAACGAACGACAACAGCCCGAAUUCAUUCCAUACUGCUGGAGGCUCACCUGGAUUCGGCUCAGCUAAGGCACAUGGACAGCCCGACACCCGUGGAACUGAAGCUCCCGCUGGGAAUAGCGCUCCUGUUCUGAGAAAGAAAGCUAACUUCGAAGGGACUAUUCCUAAGGAUCGUUCAACAAGGGACCUCGCCCAAAAACCAAGCUUGCCCAGCAUAGCGCCAUCGCAGGACAGUAUUGGCUAUAAGUUCCCGCGGACUAAUACAGAUAAUGGAAGCUCGUGGGAUGAUUUCAGUACGGGCCUUGGCAGCACCGAGGUUAGCAGCACUGAAGAGGCCGAGCAAAGAGAUGUUGAUGCUUGGUUUGAAGGUCUUGAACAACGAGACGCUGAUAGCCUCAGCACUUCGGACAUUGGUGAUACAAGUUCCAUGUAUGAAGGUACCAAGCCAACUCUUGAUAGGGAGGAUUCUGCAAGAUCAAUUCGACUAAGCGCAUUCCUUGACCGUUCCAGCUCUGUGCUCUACAAUCGUUAUUCCGGUGCUGCCUUUCCAGCUUUGCUUGACGAUGAUGACGAUAAUGCGAGUCACCUUAGAAAUAUAUCGUUGGAUAGUGUCGGAAGCACACAGAGUGCAAUCUCUGCACGCACAAACGGAACAUCUGACACUGAGCAAGACGACUUUUCGUACUUGGCUGAUUUGGUUCAGGAUGAAGAAGUGAUGUCCAACUCUUCUUCUGCUGGGAGACUCUAUCCCGAUCUGCGCGAGCUCUCUUUAGUGAGAUUGGGAAGCUAUGUUUUGAAAAAUGAUAAAAGUCUUGAAGCUAUUUCCCAACAAAAACAGGAGCAAGGGUCUAGCUGGUCUCUUCCAGGAUUAUCCGAGGAGCCAGACUUCUAUGGCUCUGAUGAGCCUACUCCUACACUCGGUAGCACCAGACGUGUCAAUGACGACGAAGUGGACGUUGAGGUGAUGCUAGGCUCAGUAAAUCAGUGGUUAGAGGACGAAAAUGCAAAAGAAGGGGCUACCCCUGUAUUACCGGGGGGCGAAACUCCAGUUCUGACACUCGAUCGCCCUCCCCGUCUAAUGAUGCCUGAAAACUCGAGUCAUACAAUCAACUCGUUCAGGCGUAUGGUCAUGUCCUCAAGUUUGAAUACCCUUCAGCUUGCGUCAUUGACAAUUCAAAUUGACCAGUUUGCUAGUAACGCACCCGCUGAAUACAAAAAGGAGCUUCAGCGUAUUAAGGAAGCUUUGACGGAUAUGUACAACCAAACUCAGCAUUAUUCUGAGCACUACACCCCUGCCAAAGCGGCUGAGCUCCGGUUUUUGGCGCCUCGAGAGGACCGGCUUCGUCGACAUCUUAUCCUAUGCAUUCAUAGUUUGCUGUCUAUGGGCUAUCCUCAGCUUGUAUCUGGUGUUCUUGAAAUGGAAUGGAUCCGUCGCUCGAAAUUACACGAGGGACUUGGGGAGGAUAUGCCAUUGAGCUUGUGGCAUACCUAG